GGCAGCGGCAGAUGCUGCGGCGGCGGCGGCGGCUGUGUCUCCUUCGGCCACAUCCCGCGGCCGGUGCGCCCGCCAGGCGCGCUGCGCUACGGCGCCGCCGCGCAGCCUGCCCCAGCCGCUGCCGCCGCCGCAGCGGCCCCGCACCUCGCCCGAGCGGCGGGGCGGUGGAUGCCGAGCCCGCCUCGCCCCGGCAGCCAGCGGGCAGCUGUCCUGCGGCGGAGCCCCUUCGGCCCGGAUCGGCGCGCUCGCACGGACACGGGGACACACGGGCGCACACGCACGCCCGGGGGGGGGGCAAGCCGAAGAUGCUGCAGCUGGGCAAGGUCAGGACCUUGCGGUGAAGCCCGGGGCCGUCGGUCGCCCCCCCCCCCUCCCCUCUCUGUACAUCCUUGCCUAGUGGACUGAGGAUUUGCUGUUGGGUUUUGGUACAUGUUUGGGAGAAAGCAGCCUGAAUCGGCGCCGAUCGAAAAUAUGCCUGUUCCAGACCAGCCCUCGUCUUCUGACAAGACAAGUUCCCUUAGUCCCGUGUUGAACACAUCCAAUGGCGAUGGCUCUGAAACUGAGACAACCUCUGCCAUUCUAGCUUCAGUUAAAGAACAGGAACUGCAGUUUGAGAGACUGACUCGAGAACUUGAGGCUGAACGUCAGAUUGUAGCUAGCCAGCUGGAGAGAUGUAAGCUUGGAUCAGAAACUGGAAGCAUGAGCAGCAUUAGUUCAACAGAAGAGCAGUUUCACUGGCAAACACAAGAUGGUCAGAAGGAUAUAGAAGAUGAGCUCACCACUGGUCUGGAGCUGGUGGACUCCUGUAUUAGAUCACUGCAGGAAUCAGGGAUACUGGAUCCACAGGACUAUUCAGCCAGUGAAAGACCCAGCCUCCUUUCCCAGAGUGCACUCCAGCUCAAUUCCAAACCUGAAGGGUCCUUCCAGUACUCAGCCAGCUACCACAGCAACCAGACCCUCGCCCUGGGCGAAACAGCGGCUGCCCAGCUCCCAGCCCGCAGCAGUCAGGCCAGAGGUGCCAUCCAGAGCUACAGCCAGCAGGGCCCGGGGGGCCGCGGCGCCCACCCGGGCGGCCCGGAGCCGCCGCCGCCGCCCGCCGCCCCGCAGCCGCGGGAGCCCUUCGCGCCCAGCCACGGCAGCGCCUUCCACCUGCCCGAGCCCCAGCACGCCGCCGCGCUCUACUACGCCAGCUCCACGCUGCCGGCGCAGCGGGUGAGCUCCCCGCUGCCCGCCCAGCCCGGCGGCUCCCCCACCAAGCUGCCGCGGGCCGGCUCCGCCGCCGAGGGCGCCGCCUACGCCACCGCGCAGCGCCUCUCCUCCCCGAAGCAGUCCCCCAGCCGCCUGGCCAAGUCCUACAGCACCAGCUCGCCCAUCAACAUCGUCGUCUCCUCGGCGGGACUGUCGCCGUCCCCCAUCCGAGUGACCUCCCCGCCCACCGUCCAGUCUAACAUUUCCUCCUCUCCUAUCCACCAGUUAAGCUCCACCAUCGGCACUUACGCCACCCUGUCGCCUACCAAGCGGCUGGUUCACGCUGCCGAUCAGUACAGCAAGCACUCCCAGGAGCUGUACGCCACCGCCACCCUGCAGAGACCCGGCUCCCUCGCAGCUGGGUCUCGGGCAUCUUACAGCAGCCAGCACAGCCACCUUGGCUCCGAGUUAAGGGCACUGCAGUCUCCAGAACACCAUAUAGAUCCUAUUUACGAAGACAGAGUUUAUCAGAAGCCCCCUAUGAGGAGUCUCAGCCAGAGUCAAGGGGACCCUCUGCAACCAGCACACACAGGCACAUACCGCACUAGUACAGACCUGGUUAACCAUUUCUGUGAACAGGUCCUCAAUUUUUUACUUUGUCCCUACUUUCCUGUCGUAGCCCCAUCUUCCCCUGGUGUCGACUCCGUACCCUUACAGCGCACAGGCAGUCAACACGGCACACAGAACGCAACAGCGACCUUCCAGAGGGCCAGCUAUGCAGCCGGCCCAGCCUCCAAUUACGCAGACCCCUACCGACAGCUGCAGUAUUGUCCUUCUGUUGAAUCACCAUACAGCAAAUCUGGGCCAGCCAUCCCACCUGAAGGGACCUUGGCUAGGUCACCUUCCAUUGAUAGCAUUCAGAAAGAUCCCAGAGAGUUUGGAUGGCGAGAUCCAGAGCUUCCAGAAGUUAUACAGAUGUUACAGCAUCAGUUUCCCUCAGUACAGUCCAAUGCUGCAGCCUACUUACAACACCUCUGUUUUGGAGACAAUAAAAUAAAAGCGGAGAUAAGACGACAAGGCGGAAUACAAUUACUGGUGGACCUAUUGGACCAUCGGAUGACAGAAGUCCACCGUAGUGCCUGUGGAGCUUUGAGAAACUUGGUAUAUGGGAAGGCAAAUGAUGACAACAAAAUCGCUCUGAAAAACUGUGGUGGUAUCCCAGCAUUAGUACGGUUACUCCGCAAGACUACAGAUUUGGAAAUUAGAGAACUGGUCACAGGAGUUCUCUGGAAUCUAUCCUCCUGUGAUGCACUGAAAAUGCCAAUCAUCCAGGAUGCCCUUGCAGUGUUGACCAAUGCAGUGAUCAUCCCUCACUCUGGAUGGGAAAACUCUCCACUCCAGGAUGAUCAUAAAAUACAACUCCAUUCAUCACAGGUGCUGCGCAAUGCCACUGGGUGCCUAAGGAAUGUCAGCUCUGCUGGAGAGGAGGCCCGCAGAAGAAUGAGGGAGUGUGAUGGCCUGACAGACGCAUUGCUGUACGUGAUCCAGUCUGCUCUGGGGAGCAGUGAAAUUGAUAGUAAGACCGUUGAAAACUGUGUGUGCAUUCUGAGGAACCUCUCGUACAGGCUAGCUGCAGAAACAUCUCAGGGACAGCAGAUGGGAACAGAUGAACUUGAUGGAUUACUCUGUGGUGAUGCCAAUGGAAAAGACGCAGAGAGUUCAGGGUGCUGGGGGAAGAAGAAGAAGAAAAAGAAAUCACAAGAUCAGUGGGAUGGCGUAGGACCUCUCCCAGACUGUGCAGAACCACCCAAAGGAAUCCAGAUGCUGUGGCACCCUUCAAUAGUCAAACCCUACCUCACACUUCUUUCUGAGUGCUCAAAUCCAGACACGCUGGAGGGGGCAGCAGGGGCACUGCAGAACUUGGCUGCUGGGAGUUGGAAGUGGUCAGUGUACAUCCGUGCUGCUGUCCGCAAAGAAAAAGGAUUGCCAAUCCUGGUGGAAUUGCUUCGAAUAGACAAUGACCGGGUGGUAUGUGCAGUUGCUACAGCUUUACGAAACAUGGCCUUAGAUGUCAGAAAUAAGGAGUUAAUAGGCAAGUAUGCCAUGAGGGAUCUGGUCCACCGACUGCCAGGCGCUAACAACAGCAACAGCUCAGCAAGCAAGGCCAUGUCAGAUGACACCGUUACUGCCAUUUGCUGCACUCUGCAUGAAGUCAUCACUAAAAACAUGGAGAAUGCCAAGGCCUUACGAGACGCAGGCGGCAUUGAGAAACUGGUUGGCAUAUCUAAGAGUAAAGGAGACAAGCAUUCGCCAAAAGUGGUGAAAGCGGCAUCUCAGGUCCUCAAUAGCAUGUGGCAGUACAGAGACCUGAGAAGUCUCUACAAGAAGUGGGCGGCCCCAAGCUUCAGUGUGACUGAUGACAGAGGAUUUUCACCAACCCACCACUCUGGGUCAUGGCACGCUCAGCAUACUCUCUCCCAGAGCCAAGAAACCAGAAUCUAUUCCCCAACCCAGGAUGGAUGGUCACAGUAUCACUUUGUAGCCUCAUCUUCAACAAUAGAAAGGGAUCGGCAAAGACCAUACUCUUCAUCACGCACGCCCUCCAUCUCUCCCGUGCGCAUGUCUCCUAACAACCGCUCAGCAAGUGCCCCAGCCUCACCUCGGGAAAUGAUCAGCCUAAAAGAAAGAAAAACAGACUAUGAAUCAACUGGAACAAAUGCCACUUACCAUGGAAAUAAGGGAGAACAUACUUCUAGGAAAGACACCAUGACAGCUCAGAACACUGGAAUCUCAACUUUGUACAGGAAUUCGUAUGGUGCACCUGCUGAAGAAAUCAAACAUAACCAGGUUUCAACACAGCCAGUUCCACAGGAGCCCAGCAGAAAAGAUUAUGAACCAUAUCAGCCAUUUCAGAAUUCAACAAGAAACUAUGAUGAGUCCUUCUUUGAGGACCAAGUGCAUCAUCGUCCACCUGCAAGUGAAUACAACAUGCACCUGGGACUAAAGUCAACUGGCAACUACGUCGACUUCUAUUCAGCUGCUCGUCCCUAUAGUGAACUUAACUAUGAAACAAGCCACUAUCCAGCCUCUCCCGACUCCUGGGUUUGAGACUUGGGCAGAUACAAAAGCUCCAGGAACUGUGCAUGUGCAUGCAUACCACAAGACAUUUUUUUUCCUGCAAAUUUAGUUUGUUAAAGCCUGUUCCAUAGGAAGGCCCAGAUAACCAGUGUGGAAAAAAUUAAAGAGAUUUUUUUUAGAAGGCUGAAAGAUAUGAAAGCUAAACCUGGGAGUAAUUAGAAAGAAAUAUAUAUACAUAUAUAUAUUUUACAGUGUGGGGCAACUUUACUGUUGGCCUGUAGAGUCUAAAGUUCAGUGCUGUAUAUUGAAUGUGGCUGAAGGAAGGAGGGAGAAUAUGAGUGGAUGUGGGUUAAGAGUUAAGCACAAGUAACUGAGCAACGUACAUACUUUAUGGGGAACAGCGUCUCACAGUUUGUUUAAUAUCCUCAUUCAUUGUGAAUCUAGGCUUCAAGUUGCAUUUGGGGUUUCCUCUGUACAGCAAGAUGUUUCUUGCCUUUUGUUAAUGCAUUGUUGUAAAGUAUUUGAUGUACAUUACAGAUAAAAAAAAAAAAAGUGCAUUGUGUAUAUUACACCAAUGCCACAGUGUUUCUUCAUCUAUGGUUCUAAAUAUUGCUUCAAUUUCAAAUUUUGAAAGAUGUAUGAAUUUCCAGUUUUUUGUUUUCUUUUCCCCGGUGCGUUUUAACAAAAAAAAAAACCCAAAAAAAUACCACAAAAAGGAAUAUUUAGCAGUAUUGUUUGUUCUGAUAUGUGAAUUUGUUUGUGGCAACUAAAAAAAAAAAAGGCAUUCAGCAGUUUCUGACAAUUAACAUUCAUCAUUCCACACUCCUUGUCAACAAAGUGCUUUUUCACUGCCUAAAAUUUUAGAUGUAGAUAUUUGAAAUAGAUUUUUUUCAUUUAUACCAGUUUUCUUUAUGAUGAUACAGUGUUAAAAGAAAAUAAAUUACAAUUGAUCUGUCAUCCA